AUGUCGUUGACAGGAGGAACAUCGGCCGCAGCUGAUCAGAAAAUGUUCGGCCACCAAAUAAACAUCGAUGUGCAUCGUUUGAAUGAUGUGGGUGGGUGUGAUGGGGCCGAGAUCGAAGCGUUGAUAAACUUUUCCUCGACUGCUUCACCUUUAACAGAACAUUCUACGGCCACUAUCAGCGAAGACGAUCUUCCGACGUGGUCGUGCUGGCGCACGCAAUUAGCCGUGCAGCGCGAUAAGCAUCACAACGACAGAUUGAGACGUGCAGCGAUAUGA